AUGGCCACUGUUCUCGAUGGGAGUCUCUCUGCACAGGAACUUGCUGAUAUGUUACCAACCGGCGUUGCAAUUCUCAAUCAAAAUGAUGAGUCAAUCAUGGUGAACCGGCGUUUCCGGGAGCUUAUGACCUGUUCCGGUGCGAGAUCAUUUGAAUGCUGGUCACAAUCAAUCCACCCAGAAGAUUAUGACCGGGUAGCCACUGCCUAUUUCGAGACCUCACGCUCUAAGCAUGCCCUACGCAUCGAAUUCCGCACUCGCAGCCGAAUCCCUUUGUGGCGUGUUCUGAUGUUGGCUCCAUUAGAUAACGCUGAUCUGCACCGGCUCAAUUUAAGCAAUGGCGGCUUUAUCUGCACUAUAGCAGACAUUACCCACGAAAAGACAGCCGAGCUACUGCAAGCGGAAAUUGCACGAGAGGCGCAAGAGCGCAAGCAACAACAGGAACGUUUCAUUGAUAUGAUCAGUCAUGAAGUCCGAAAUCCUCUUUCUGCUAUUCUUCAUUGCACGGAGGAUAUACUUGAAGCAGUAAAGGACAAAGAAAAACCUGUCGCAGACAUUGCACAAGCAGCAGAAACUAUAAGCUUCUGCAUUGCACAUCAAAAGAAGAUUGUCGACGAUGUCCUUACGUUCUCCAAGCUAGACGCAUCGAUGUUGACCUUAUCACCGCGAAGAGGUCAGCCAAAACGACAUUUGGCACGGACAAUGUCCAUAUUUCGGCCGGAGCUUCGGAAGCAAGACAUUCAAUUCGAAUACAAACUUGACAAUUCUUACGCAGAUUGCGGGAUUGAGUGGGUGUUAGCCGAUUUCAGCCGGAUGGGCCAGGUUCUCAUCAACCUGGUUUCCAAUGCUAUUAAGUUCACUGCCAGAGCGGACAGCAAGAGAGAGAUCAGAGUCUCCAUAGGCGCCUCCACGAAGCGGCCGCCAUCCUACCCCCCCAAUGUUGUUUUUUUCGAAUCCGGCGAACAUGCACUUCGUUUAGACGCCACCACCACACCUGAGUGGGGGGAGAGCCCAGUUGCGUAUGUGAUGGUUGCAGUGAAGGAUACCGGGAUUGGCAUUAGUGACCAAGCUCAAAAGCGGCUCUUUGAGCGCUUCAACCAAGCAACACCGAGAACUGAGAGCGUUUACGGUGGAUCCGGUCUCGGCCUCAAUGUGAGCAGAAAGCUCUGUCACCUUCACGGAGGAGAAAUCGGCGCAAGCUCAAGGGAAGGGGAAGGGAGCACGUUUGGUUUCUUCUUCAAGGUCAGGCGGGACACUGAGCCACCUAGUCUCAAUCUGCCUAAUUAUGACGAAUCCGAAAUUGAGCACUUAUGUGGUGGCAUCCAAGCGCUGAGCAACAAAGCCACCGGGGUCAACAGUCGGAAGAAGUCUCCCGAAAUCCCAGAGGAUCCCAUUAUCACUCACAUUGCGGAGAUAUCCCCGGGGGCUGCGAGUGACGACAAAUAUAUGCAUACGUUGGAACUGGCCCACCAAGCUAAGCCUGAUGAGCCUUCUGCGAGCGACCGCCAAAUAUUACACCCUGAUCUCGACGUGGACGAGCCAUCAAACAGCCCAGGAACGUCCGACUCAAUUGGAGUGGAAUCCGAUACGAAAGCAACUCGACAUAUUCUCGUGGUAGAAGAUAAUAUAAUCAAUCGACAAAUUGUUUCCCGGAAGCUACAAUCUUUGGGAUUCCAUGUUUCGGAGGCGACGAACGGCCAAGAGGCGUUGGAUGCUGUCCAACGUGAUGAAUUUGACUGCAUCCUCAUGGACCAAGAAAUGCCAGUUAUGAAUGGAACUUCCGCAACUAUGGCAAUCCGCAAUCUUGGUAGCGACUAUACAGCAGAUAUCCCUAUUCUUGGGGUCACUGCAAAUGUGAGGGCGACUCAACAAAUAGAGAUGCUGGACGCUGGUAUGGACGAUAUUAUCCAUAAGCCAUAUCGAACGAAUGACUUGUAUGAGAAGAUAAACCAGCUGAUAAUACUCAGAUCGACGAAAUGA